ACGCGGGGUUGCAAGGCUCGGUGUGGCGGCGACAUAGCAGCCUGAAGAAGAGGAAUCUGACAGAAGAGGACAGUGGAGAUUGGGACAAGAAGCUGGGUUUUUAACCAUGUUGGCCUCCACGUAUUCCCUGAAGUCCAUCCCUUUUCAAGAGCUGGCCAGAACAUCAUAUAGUAAAUGGCAUAUUCCUAAUGUUACCAGUACUGAAGUCUCUGGAAGGAAGAGAACUAAAAAACGAGUCAAAUCAAAUUUUUUUGGCAUUGAGGCGUUGGAGCAAUUGGAAUGGUCGGAUUGGGACCUGGGAAUUGAAUCCACCAAACACAUAAUAUUAAAGAACAUUCAGUUUAAAACUCAGAAACUCAAAUACAGGCCCCCAUCAACUAAAUUCUUCACUACACUAUUCCCACAGCCAGUGGUCUUGAGUCCAGGAACUUCAUACUCUUUGCCAGUCACUUUCUGUGCUGUUGAGAAGCAAGAAUAUGAGGACCGGAUUGUGUUUGAGACAAACGGCGGUACGUUUUCUAUUUUGUUACGAGCUUCUCUGCCCUUCCCAGAUGUACAUUUACCUGACUUGGUGUGCCUGCCAAUGUGCGCCAUCUUUGAAACCUCCGUGACUACAUUUCACUUGCGAAACAAUAGUAAGCUCCUGACUCCGUUUCGUUUUGAAGUACAGAGUCCAUUCAUUUUAAUCCCGAAUAGUGGCACCUUGACACCGUUUGGUGACCGCAAGAUCAAGAUCGUGUUUGAGCCCCAGACCCCCAAAGUGUUUGACUUAAUUGCCACUUGCAAGUUUGGUGAAAAUGACCAUGAGAAGUAUAUGAAGCUGCAAGGUAUAGCCAAGUUUCCACACCUGUUGAUAAGUGUGCCAGGCGAAGUGAGCCAGGUGUCUGGUCAGGAUGACAUGCACAGCAUCCUACAUUUUGGACAUGUUGCUGUUGGCAGCACAGUAGAGAAGUACGUGGAGAUUCACAACUACUCAAUAGUAAACACAUUGUUCAGAGUCAUGUAUCUCCAGCAAGUGACUCCAUUUCAAUCCGAAUUCACGUGUGAGGUUACGGAGGGUACAGUACCAGCCUGCAGCAGAGUCCAGAUCCCUUUCAAGUUCAGGCCACGGACUGCCGGUUCUCUGAGUGUCGAUUACUUCGGUAUUACACGGCCAGGCAACAGCUCCAAGUCUCUGCUGAAGGUGACCGGGUCAUGCAAAGGACCAGUAGUGUCACUGUCAGACCUGAAACUGAAUUUCGGUUGUGUGUUCCUCAACGAUGCCCUGACCUACACUAUGGAAAUCAGUAACACAUCAGACGUGCCGACGUUUUACCAGUUUGAAAUUGACUGCUGCCAAAGUGUGUUUGUUAUUGAUCUACCAUGUGGCUUCUUGGGAGGGGAGUCAACGGAGACACUGAGGAUAACAUUCCGACCUCCCCAUCCCAUGAACUACUACAGAAGAGUGGCUUGUCUCAUCCAUCAUCAGGAUCCCUUGUUUUUGGAUUUAAUGGGUACCUGCCACUCAGACCAAGUAACACCGGCGAUUCUCACGUCAAAGCACCUGGAACUAUACCAUACCAACAUGAUACGUGGACUGACCUUCUACCCUCCAGACAUACUGACAAUGAUGCUACAGGAAGGCAAGUUGCGGCUUGAUGAUGAUGGUGCCCUGGUGUUGGCUGCUGAGAAAUGCUGCAAGUCCAUAGACCUGGAGAGUAAUGAGGAUUGUUCAGAGGCUCCUGCCUCAUUUCCCAACAUUCCUUCCAUCAAUGAGUACUUUGACGAUGGCAUCCAAAGCAGUGUCACCAUGUUUCCACCACAUGUGUCUGUUAACAACCCGGAGUUUCACUUUGGGAAUUGUCUGGAGCUUGACCGGGUUGUUCCUCUGCCCCUCUCCAUGACGAACAACACGAAAGGAAAGAUCACAGUUCUUUGGAUGACCCAACCAGGCAGCGCCUUUACUGUGGUGCCUCCAAUCAUCGACAUCCCGCCCUUGAAGACUAUGGCUUUCCGUAUCCAUUUUAAGCCUGAUAAAUUCAACAUGUUGUAUGCAGCUGAACUCGAAUGUUUUGCCUAUUAUAAGGUCAUGCGUGAUCAUCGUUUGGUAGAUGACAAAAUCUUUUGCCGUCCUUGGUUCCUCACAGUAAAAGUGCAAGCCAAUACGUUCCAACCAGGACAUGAGCACUUCAUUCCUAAUUUCACCCUUGACUCUCCUGAAGUGGUAUUGCCAGCAGUGUAUGAGAAAGGAACGGUCUACAGGACCCUUCUGCUCAAGAAUACAGGAGAUACACCCAUGACGUUUUUCCUUCCUUUGCCCCAUGAAUCCACUAUGAGAAUUAAACCAGCCUUUGGUUUUGUUCCCCCGAAUUCCCAUCAGAUAUUCACAUUGAAGGCAUCUCCCCAGAAGGAGAGUGUUAACAAGUACACACUGCCAUUACAGCUUAAUGGUUCUGAAAAGUACAAUCAGGAGAUCAGCAUAUUUUGCACGGUUGAAAAGCCACUCGUUACUCUGGAUGGAAAUGGGUACCUGUACUUUAAGCCGACAUGCAUAGGCACCUUAUCAGAGCGAUCCUACUUCAUUAAGAAUGUGACACGGAUGCCCCUGUAUUUUCAGUGGAAGAUAUCAGCAGCAGGUUCUAAAGUUCUGUCUGUCAGACCAACGUUUGGGAUCAUCCAGGCCAAUGAAUCUUUGGCACAAACAUGGUCUUUCUACCCUCAAGAAGAACAGAAGUAUUUUCUGAAACCCCACAUUUCUGUGUGGGGAGUGAAAGGCCCACACUGUACAGAGCAAGGAAAGAAAAUUAAUUUCACCCUCAGGGUUAUUGGUGAAGGAACAGUGGGCAUAAUCACGGCUGAGAAGGAGCAGAUAGACCUGGGAGACAUCCUGGUUGGCAAUUCUCAGUCAGGUGAACUUGUAUUGCUGAAUAAUGAACCAUGCUCCUUAAACUUUGCCCUCACUGUCAAGCAGAGCAUCACAGGACCAUGUGACCCCGAUGUUGUUGUGAAUGAUCUGAUGGCUUUUGAACUGGAAUACCAUCACGGUACAAUCCCUGGAAGGUCAAGACUUUCCUUUAGGUUUGUGGCAUGGCCUGUUCGAAGAAUUUAUUACACUUGGACAAUUAACUCCAAGAUUCUGUCUGCUAAAGAUGCUGAUACAGGUGAGGAGGAGAAGACCUUAUGUAGUGUGACGGCAAAUGGUGUGUAUCCAAUGAUAUUCAUCUCAGAUGCUCGGUGCCUGGGGAGCAUCAGUGGCAUCAGUAAACAGCAGCUUUGGCGACUCUUCUCACUUGAACUGCUCAACAAGUACCUUCAGCGGGAUCCUACUGAGGGCGAGCUCUUGUACAGGGUGCCAACCAGACACAGCACACGUCGAUGUCCCCCUGUGUCAACCCCUGUGAUGGUGGACUUCAACUUUGGAGCAGCACCUGCGUGCUCAGAUCCUUCAAUUGUCCUACUAGUGCUGGAGAAUAAAGAGAUCUUGCCUGUUGACUGGGCCUUCCUAUUUCCAGUGGACCAGCAGCUGGAUCUGGAGUACUGGACGGAGACAGGAGAAUUCAACCCCACUGAACUGCAUGAGAUGAGAAUCGAGGACAAUCGGCUUUUCACUGUGGAGCCAAAAUCUGGCUGCCUCAAUCCCGGGCAGCGAGAAACCAUUCAACUUACCUACAGACAUGAAUUUUUGGGAACUGAUCGCAUUCCUGUUCUCCUGAAGCUUUCCCAUGGUCGAGAAAUUCUGAUAAAUUUCAUUGGUAUUACAGUGCCCAAAGACCGCUGCUAUGUUCACUUUCUGGCCACUCAGCACAGGUUUGCACCUGUUUGUAUUGACACUUCCAACCCACCCAAGCAGAUUUACGAGCUGUAUAAUGGUGGUUCAGUGCGAGUGAUUUAUGACAUCCAGCUGGAUUCUCUGAAAAGCAUCCAGGAGGAGAACUAUAACCAUCCAAUCUUUCAGUGUCUGAAUCCUCGUGGAGAAAUCAAGGCAGGGAUGACUGCUAACAUUGAAUGGAUUUUCUCACCACUGGAGGCUAAAUCCUAUUCGGUGACUAUCCCUAUCCACAUCCUGAAUGGAGACUCUGCUUUGGUGACAUUCACGGGUAUUGGAUAUGACAAGCGCAUUCUGGGUGCCUGUGCUUCUUUUAAUGAUCCAUCUUCUUACUUUGGGGCCCCAGGUGUUCAACGGGCACCAGUACUUGGGCAGCUGAUGUUUUUGUCAGAAGAGCGGAUUUCUUUUGGAAAUGUUCCUGUCUUUACAAAAAGUAGCCGCAUCAUCUUCCUGUGCAACAUUUCUCAGACAGAAGACAUCACUUACAGCUGGCAUUCGACAUCAGUGCACGUUAAUGAGGUAUUGAGUAUUGUUCCUAUCUCUGGAAUGCUUCAUCCUGGGGACAGCACACAUUGCAUUGUCACACUGAGGGCACAUAAAACUCCUUGCUUCUAUGACCUGGAUCUUAUUUGUGAGGUUUAUUCUAAGCGACAAGUAACACAGUACCAGAAGGAACUCCAGGAAUGGGAAAAAGAAAAGGAUCGCCAACAAGUAGAAUUCACCAUCACGGAACAGAGCCUACAGGAAAAUGCAAACUUGACUUUCCAAAGACAGUGUUGCAGAGACCUUCAAGGAACUUCUUCUCAGAGGAUACACAAGGGUACAGAUGCUAAGAUUAUGAAGUACAAGACCCUCCCUCCAAUUAAGGAGCCCACAGAAACAUGGGAAGGUCGAAAUGUGGAAAGGCAACCGCCUGGGUUAUGGGAGAAACCCAAACCGCCUAAACCCUUCCUGCUUCACCUGGGAGUCACUGCCAGAGCUCACUCCAUGGAGGAAUUCCAAAACAAUUUCCCGUCUGAUGUUCCUAAACACUACAUCAUGAGAAACCUCAUUUCAAAGCCACUCUCAGCCAUUUCACAAAUUGGAAGCAGUAGGAGAUCUUGGGGCAAGUGGACGAAUGUCAACACUGACUCACUGAGUUCAGCUUCAAAAGAAGACCUGAGACUUACAACUGAUCUGAUCACAACAGUUCUGAGGUGUCUGUUCGAAGAUGUCUUCUUUCAACAUCUGCUGGUUGCUCAGACUGCUGAACCCAUACCAUACUUUGCACAGUUCUGGAGUGAGGAAGGUGAAGAGUUGGCCAUAAAGAAAAGCAAGAUUACAGAGGCAGAGACUUUGAGUGCUGAGGGUGAACAAGAACAGGACAAAACCCAAAAGAUGGGAGCUGAAGGAGAAUGGAGCAUGAGGGCUCCGGAGAGUCCGAAUGUCAAGCAGACCACAGGUCAGGCCUGUGUUCGGAUGGACAAGAAAUGGCUCACAGAAGAAGGACGAGAGUCACUAAAUGCCAUUCGCAUCGAAGAGCAGCUCGCACGAAGGCGGAACCUCAAAAGGCUGCCCGAGUUCUGCGACCUCUUGGAGCUGAUUCUGGAGAACACGCUGCAGAAUAUAGUGAUUGAAGCCAGUCGGGGAGAGGUGGUUCUGACAUCUCGACCCAGGGUGAUCGCCCUGCCUCCCCUGGUCUCCAGAACAUCUUUGAGUGUACAAGAGAUUUCAACAAGCAAAGAAGAACUGGAUUGCAGCUUAUCCAAUACACCAGAUGUUGAAAUUAAUGCACAGGAGAUUUCAGAGAUUCAGAUCGAACCAGACCUCGUCAGCCCCAAAGUUUCGAGCGCGCAUGAAGUAAAGAGGCCAGCAACCCUUGACGGUUUCAAAUUGCUGUCUGCAUCCUACAGUGGGAUCCAAAGCAAGAGUUGGCUGAAUCUCAAAGAAUUCAAUAAAAGUCAGACCUCACUUACCUUCAGUGCAAUCAGCAGCCAUACCAUCUGAGUCAGAUCCUUCCCCCGAGGGGUGCAUUAGGACACCACUCUGCGAUUUGUAGAAACUUUGGGUACAGCAAUAAUCUGAAUCAAUCCUGGAUUUUUAAAAUUAUUUCAUUGCAUUGAAUUUGUUUUUAUUUCGGUAUACUUGUUAAAAUUGUUUACACAAUUAAAAUUUUCACAAUGGAAAGAUUAAUUUAGCCGCUGUUUUAAAUAUCUUAGUUUGAAGUGGCACUCAUUAUAAAAGAUGAAUUUAAUAACUAGGGUUUGUUAAAUUUUCCAUUACUUGUUAUGAAUGUGGGUGCCCAAACAAUGUCUUUUAAUGUAGAAAUAAAGUAAUUAAAUGUGACCGCAUAAAUGAAUGUUUAACUCAGCUUUAUUUUUACUGUUUCUGCCUUCUACCUUAGUGACUUUUUUGU